GUGUCCCUGUGGGGCGGCGAUGCCGUCUUCAGCAACCUGGACCUGCGCACCGACGUGCUGGAGCACGAGCUCAACCUGCCACUGCAGUUUGUCAACGGACACAUCCACGAGAUGCGUAUACACGUGCCCUGGCACAAGAUCACCUCCGAGCCCAUCGUCGUCACCAUCGACACCAUGGAGUGUGUCAUGCGUCUGCCGAGUAAGUCGGACCGAACGGACGUGUCAGACGGCAGCAGCGAAGCGUCCCUAUCCAAGCAGCGUCCCUCCCGUCAAAAGAAGGCAUUGGAGGCCGAUGAAGUGCCUCCCGGCUACAUCCAGACGCUGGUGAAGAAAAUAACGAACAACAUCAGCGUCGUGUGCAACAACCUGAUCCUGAAAUAUGUGGAAGACGAUAUCGUGCUUAGCAUCAACGUCAGGACAGUGAGCUCACGCUCUGCUGACCACCUUUGGAAACCAGCUUUUACCGAUUUCGCACCACCACUGCUGUUUCUGCGAAAGCUCGUCAACUUCACGGACUUCACUGUCUGCUUGGACCGGCGCAAUGCGUCAGGAAAAAUUGAAAGCUACCAGGAGCCCCUGCUGUACCGCUGCUCGCUGGAGCUGCGCUGCCAGCAGCAGUUCAGCGGUCUUCACUCGCCGGUGGCGGACGUCACCCGGGUGGACGUGCUCUGUCCGCAGCUGGAGUUCUCCGUCACAGACGUGCAGGUGCCCAUGUUCCUGCGGCUGCUGGAGCUGACGCGGGCCCUACUGUUCGGGGAGCUGACGCCGGACAGAGCCGGCCGGCCAGCCGACGACCCGUCCGGACAAGGUGCGGGCGAGGAGGAGGCGACGGUGCCGGGCGCCUCCUGGGUCGACUGGGCCUGGUCGGCGGUGCCCUCACCCAUGUCGAUGCUGCCGCUCACCUGGGAGGAUGACGACGCGGACGACGACGCCCGCCUGGCCGCCCAUGAGCGCGUCUUCCAUCUCUCCGUGCACGUGCGGCGCGCCGACAUGGUGUUCAAGAUGUCCGAGCCGAGCCGGGAGUCAGCGCAGCGGCGCGCCCGCUUCACACCGUACCUGCGCGCCAGCGCCACCGGCGCCUUCGUCAGCUCGGUGCUGCGCGGCGUGCAGGCCGUCAGCGCCGGCUGGGGCGUCAGCUACGUGUCGGUGCGACCGUGCGGCGGCUGCACAUGCGGCCGGCACCCAGCGCCCGACCGGCCGCCAGAGGUCAGCUACUUCGAGAUGGGCCAGGAGGGCGAGGCGUACAUGUCCGGCUCGUUGUUCGCGGACGCUCAGCCCGAGCCGGUGGACACCCGACGCCUCUACGACAUACACUGGGACACGCACAUGCGCGAGAGAACCGAGGGCUGGCUACUUGGCCGGACGGCGGCGGCCGCCACCGACUACCUGUACGUGCUGGACCUGCCGGCCGACUACUCCGGCGAGACGGUCUCGGAGCUCGGCGACCUCGAGUACAGCGACCUGCCUGAGCGGUCCAUGUUCCGGCUGGUGCUGGGCCGCAGCCGGCUGCUGGUCAGCUCCGGCUCCGUGCACCGCUUCAGCCACCUGCUGGCGGCCGCCGGCAGCGCGACCUACCCGCCCUACGGCCGCAGCCAGCAGCCUGACCGUGCUGGCCUGGCCACGGUGACGACGUUCGAGGGAGAGGGCACGCGGCUCCAGGUGCGCUGCCAGGCCAUCCAGUGGAACGAGCAGCAGCCGAUGUACCCGGCCCGGCUGUGUCGCUGCGUCUCGCAGCUGGCCCGGCCGCCCGCCGCCCUGCUCUACAACUGCCAUGUCCACACGCGCUGCACGACGUCAAGGCGCUAG